AUGGCGAACACCUUGUGUUCGUUUGGGUUAAGAACUCAAAUACCGCCCAAAACCAUCCGAUCAGCUACACUUCCAUUUACGCCCUUCAACAACAGACGGAACUUGUCUCUGGGUGUAUGUUCCUCCUACUCCAUCGGUGGGAUUCGUCCCCUUAUCCUUAGAAAAACUUCUUCUGCUUCCACCUCCACGGCGAGAAAUUCGCAGCCGCUUACGGUGGUGUGUGCCAAGGAGUACAAAAUGAAGACCCACAAGGCUUCCGCCAAGCGAUUUAGGGUUACGGGGAGUGGGAAGAUAAUUAGGAGAAGAGCAGGAAACAGCACUUGCUCAGAAAGAAGAACACUAAGAGGAGAUUGA